AUGGCUGAACCUGUGUCUCCCGAAAUCGCUUAUCUUUUGAGCCUGCAAGCCGUGCGCGACAGGUCCCGCCUGGUGCUACAGGCAGCUAAAGAGGGGGCUUUAAACAGCUUCGACUAUGACGAACCGCGCAUGUCCGAGGUUGCAAACGUCGUGAUUGACAUAAUCAAGCGCGACUUUGGGCCCGAUAGAUAUGCCGAGAUCCCUCCUCACGGUCGGUGGCAGCACUUCAACGUCGGCGGCAUAGACCGCGUCGGCGCACUCCUCGCACAGUGGUCUUCAGAGGGCCAGGACAAGCUCGAGCAGACGCGCCGGCUGCUCGACCUCUUCUUUGUGUCCGUGCUCGUGGAUGCCGGUGUGGGCGACAAGUGGACGUUCAAGGAGCCCGACUCGGACCGUGUCUACAGCCGCAGCGAGGGCACGGCGGUGGCAUCGCUCUACAUGUUCAAGGCCGGCUGCUUUAGCUCCAAAAAGGAAAAGCCGCAUAGCGUGGACUCGGCCGCCCUUCAGGGAGUGACCGAGGAGAUCUUCUGCCAGCAGUUCCAAAUCACGUCCGAGAAUCCCAUGGUAGGCGUCGCCUCGCGUGUCAAGCUUUGGAAUGCCGUGGGUCAGCAACUUCACAACAACGAUCCGAAAAUCUUUGGGGCCGAGGGUAGACCCGGCAGCAUGGUCGAUUACCUCAUCGCGAGUGCCAAAGAACCCAACACCCUCGACUAUACGGACCUCUGGUCGGUGCUGCAGGGCGUUCUGAUCCCUUCGUGGCCCAAGGAGCGGACGCACCUGGCCGGAAACCCCAUUGGCGACGCCUGGCCACUAAAGGUGCUCGCGGACCGAGCGCAGCGGGAAGGCGACUCGUCCGAAGCAGCCGCCAUUGCGCCCUUUCACAAGCUGACGCAGUGGCUCGGCUAUUCGCUGCUGAUUCCUCUGACGCGCGUGCUGGGCAUCAAGGUCAUCAACGACAACCUGGGCACGGGUCUCCCAGAGUACCGCAACGGCGGGCUGUUUUACGACCUCGGUGCGCUCAAACUCAAGCCCAAGGUUCUCGAGGCGGGCCAGCGGGCCUCUGGCCAGGACCUCCCGCUGUAUCCCGCAACGGGUGAUACCAUUGUAGAGUGGCGUGCCAUGACCGUUGCGCUGUUGGACGAGCUGCAUAGACUGGUAUCGGCGCACUUUGAAAAGGAGGGAGUCAAACUCAAUCUGGCACAGAUGCUAGAGGCUGGCAGCUGGCUUGGUGGACGUGAAUUAGCGGCCAAAUUGAGGCCGGAAACCAAGUCCAGCCCCAUUCUUUUCGAGGGUGACGGCACCUUGUUUUAG